GACAAGCUGGCAAACUACGGGCAGCUCCAGCUGGACAUUUGCUGGGCAUACGCGCUGCUGGGGGAUGCCAGCUAUCUUCCAGAUGCUGAGGCCCGACUCCAGGUUGCAGAGCGCAUGAUCCGACGACAGGUUGACAAGAACUUCUUGGCCUUGGCAGAGGUGAAAGCAGAACAAGGAGCCACCUUACCACCAGAAGUGCUUCCUUCGGUUCGGCUUUGGCUGCUCCGUGGUGUAGCAAAAGCUGGGCGGGGCUCGGUCGCCGCGGCGCGCGAGGAUCUCCAGCGCGCCGCGCUUUUCAUCCAGGCUUUGCAGGUGGACGAGACGGCCGUCGCUUCCCUUCUCAGCCUAG